AAGAGGAGAGAAGAUGGCUUCAGACACCAGCAGCGCACAGGCAGGAGCGAGUACCCAGGCCUUUCUCUGCUCUGCUCACCCUUGAGCCCGUAAUCCACUGACAGUCUGCAGCAUGAAGAUCUCCAUGUCGGCCCUCGCUGUGCUCCUCUGCACCAUCGCUCUCUGCUUCGAGGUUUUCUCGGCACCAGUUGGUGCGGACACGCCGACAGCCUGCUGCUUCACCUAUGUCGCCAAGAAGAUUCCUCGCCCAUACGUCGCUGACUAUUUCGAGACCAACAGCCAGUGCUCCCAGCCAGGUGUCAUCUUCAUAACCAAGAAAGGCCGGCAGAUCUGUGCUGACCCUAGCGAGGCCUGGGUCCAGGAAUAUAUCAAUGAUCUGGAGCUGAAUGCCUGAGUGACCCGGAAGCAGUCGGGAAUCCACGGAGCCAUGUGGACCCCGUGGGGAGCAAGGGCCGAUACCUUGGAAACAUCCCUGUAACUCCAGCUACCUCUCCUAUGGAAUUUUUAAUUUAAAUCUUAUUUAUGGUAUUUAAUUUUUAUAUUUAAUUAUUAUUUUUAUACUGCGUUAGUGACCAUUUCUGUGAAAGAUCUCAGAACACUUCUUCACCACCCUUCUCCUCCCCCUUUCUCACCCUGUGUUUGGUGACAGUUGAGUGGCUGUCAUCAGUCAGUUUUGGGCAGCACGAUACCAAAGGCGUCAAACCAACUAAUAUGUAGUGGAUGCUUUUAUUCUGUGCUGUAUCCAGACUGGUGAAAUAAUAAAGGUGGUUUUUAA